UCAAUUAAUCUUUUUAGGAUAGUCAUGGCAAAGAAACAUUCUUCUAAACUUCAGAAGCCAACAAAUGGAUUUCAACGAAAAUUUAACAAGAUAUUUCAAGAAGAAUCAAAUAUAAAACAGAAAGACAGUUCUGGUUCCAUAAAAGCAGAAAGAAAGACAAAAAAGGACAAUUCAUGCAAAAAAGAAGAAAUUGCCAAAAAGCCAGAUGCAGAGAAGGCGACUGAAAACUCUAAUGAAGCCACAGACAUCCCCGAGAAAUCCAAUAAGACAGGGAAAAAGCCUCGUUUUAUCUUAUUUGUGGGAAAUCUGCCGUACACGGUAACAAAAGAAGCCCUUUCUGACCACUUUAAAAAAGCAGGUGAACUUGAAGGUGUAAGGUUGUUGAUGAACGCACAGAAACAGCCUAGGGGAUGUGCAUUUGUUGAAUUCAAGUCUUCAGCUGCUAUGUUGAACGCACUGCUCUACCAUCACACGUCAUUCCAAGACCGGAAAUUAAACGUUGAGAUGACUUGCGGUGGAGGAGGUAAUAGCGCCAAAAGGAAGAAGAAAAUUGCAGAAAAGAGAAACAAGUCAGCUGAAUUAAUCCACAAGAUGUUAGCUCAGAAGAAAAAGACAAAGUCUGCCAUCAAAUAGUCUAAUUAGGAAAUGAACUGAAGACAUGUGAAACUUGGCAACCUUUUCUGAAGAAUACAUCGACCCAUUCAGUCUCAAAGAUGUGUAUACUAUUCAUCAACUCCUCUCCUAUUCAUGAGAUUAAACUGAUAAUAGCUUUUAACCGAGAUGAAGUGAAGACUCGACCUACACUUCCAGCGCACUUUUGGACUGAUCAGCACUGCUACGGAGGGAAGGAUGCGUCUCCAGGUGGUGUUGCAGAUGGGACCUGGCUGGGUGUAUCCAAGUCUGGCAAAGUGUCAGCGCUACUUAACGUUCAUAACAAGGGUAAAGGGAUACUGUUCAGUUCAGAUAGGUCUCCAAGAGGAGGGCUAGUUCCGGGGUUUCUUAAAUCUGAAGAUUCUGCAGAGAAAUAUGUCGAGACAAUUAAAGAAGGCAAAUAUAAUUACUUUAAUUUAUUUAUGGGCGAAUUUAAAAGCUCAACUCCCUGUCUUUACGUUUAUGAUUUCUUCCAGAACAUCUUAACAACCCUACCUCCCGGAGAACAUUGUUUUGGAAAUCUGCCUCCUGACCACUUCAACAGUAGAGCUCAGUUUGGUAGGGAGAUCUUCUCUUCUCUUUUGGAGACAUUCUCUCAGCAGCAGUUUCCUGACUUACCGUCACGUGACAAGUAUUUGGUUGACCAACUAUUUUUAAUGUUGAGUGAUAAAACAGAGAUCCCUGUGGAAGGAGGUCUCACUGGAUCGUUCAGACAUGUUUUCAACGAGGGCUACCCAGUGCUAAACGGCAACAUCGAAUCUGGAAGUGUAUCGAGUACAGUGUUUAUUGUUGAUAAGAUGAAUAAUUGCCACUUUUCCGAGAGAACUAACUUCAAAUCGAUAGGAUGUGAUGACGAAUUUGUUAAUUUUGAUUGGGUUGUUGACUAGCAUCCUUAUAGAUUAUUUCUAGUUGUCUUAACCAUAUGAUUAAUAAUGUACAUAGUGUGUCAGAAAAUUACUAUCGACUUUUUAAUUUGUAAUUGUGUCAAAACCGCUAUUUUUACCAUUAAUUGGCUUAAUCUAGUUCAUAUAUCUUUGAUCGGAAAAUUACGAAGUUACUUGAUUUUUAUGUUUAAGUUGUCAAUUCUUAGCUGGUUUA